AUGUCUAGAAAAAAACUUGUCAUCAUCUUCCCUGAAAAACCAGUCCCACCCCUCUCCCCUUCUCUGGUCUCAUCAAAGAUACCGCUCCCUACAACCACCAGUCCCCCAAACAUGCAAAAGACUGCUCUCUGGGAGUUCCGCUAUAAACAAGCCUGCGCCUGCGCAGGAGACACCGACGUCUGCCCUGCGGCACGCCACAGCGGGGCGGAGCCAGUCGCGAAAGGUCACGUGAGCGUCCGAGUUCGCUUCCUACUAAGAGCUGCUCAGGUCCCCGAGGCCGAGCGCACCCGCAGGGCACCGUGGCCACGCGAGGGACCUCGCGUAAAGCCGGGCUUGGAGCUGGCACUCGCCGUGGCUACUGAGGGUGCAGCCGCGCGCAGAUGCCUCUACGGUCGCUGGAGAACAGGCGCCAGGCGGGGCGCGGCGCUCUCCUCUGGGGUGCUUUUUCCGCGGGCUCCUUGGAGACGGAGGGCGGGGCUAGGGCGCCGGAGUCACGUGGUGCGCGCCACCGCUGGAUUACUAGCUGACAAAAGCGUCCUCCGAAGGGUCCUGAGCGGUCGCAGUGUAGUGACGUCGGCCGUAUCCGGGAGACUGGAACCUGCGGUUGAGUGCCAAACCAGCACGACCCCUGCGUCUUGGUUUCGCACUGGUGGCCAGCGGGGUCUGGGCUGUGGUUUUACCCAGCUCCUUUGCGGAGCUGCUGUCCUUUCCUCAACAUCCCUACUCUGCUGGGCAGCCUACCUCGCAGCAACAGGUGUGCACCUUCCAAACUUGCAGCAGACCACAUUCAGAAGUUUCUUGAUUUCCUGGUGUUCUGGGCAUAGCUGGAUCAGAGAUAUCUCCAAGCUACUCUCCCCUUCAUCUCCUCCGCCCCCAGGCCCCAACUCCUGCCCCUCCCACCCCAGCCCCUGUUCUCCCUGCCCACCCCGUACCCCACUGGAGUGGGUUUUCAUCAAACCCAAAUCAAAGAAACCAACAGACCUUGCUGUCACCACUACUCCAGGACCUGGAAGUUGAAGCGAGGGAGAGCCGGUGAAACACAGAAAGCAGAACGCCUUCUGUUCACACCACAGGGUUUGUGGACUUGGCCACUAUAAGAACAAACUCACACUGCGUGCUGAUUACACUCCUCAGCAUAAUUAAUUUCUUAAACUUUCUAGAAUAACUUAAAAUUUACAAAAAGUUGUAAACAUAAAAACCAGUAAACUCUU